AUGCUUCCCGUCGCCCUCAUUUCCCUUCCCGUCGCCCUCAUUUCCCUUCCCUUCGCCCUCAUUUCCCUUCCCGUCGCCCUCAAUUUCCUUCCCGUCGCCCUCAUCUCCCUUCCCGUCGCCCUCAUUUCCAUUCCCGUCGCCCUCAUUUCCCUUCCCGUCGCCCUCAUUUCCCUUCCCGUCGCCCUCAUUUCCCUUCCCUUCGCCCAUCAUUUCCCUUCCCGUCGCCCUCAAUUCCCUUCCCGUCGCCCUCAUUUCCCUGCACGUCGCCCUCAGUCCCCUUCCCGUCGCCCUCAUUUCCCUUCCCGUCGCCCUCAUUUCCCUUCCCGUCGCCCUCAUUUCCCAUCCCGUCGCCCUCUCUUCCACUCACCCUCUCAUCCUCCGUUCAUCUCAUCCGCCCUUCAUCUCAUCCGCCCUUCCUCUCAUCCGCCCUUCAUCUCAUCCGCCCUUCCUCUCGUCCUCCCUCCCCCUCAUCCGCCCUUCAUCUCAUCCACCCUUCCUCUCGUCCACCCUUCCUCUCGUCCACCCUUCCUCUCGUCCUCCCUCCCCCUCAUCCGCCCUUCCUCUCAUCCACCCUUCCUCUCAUCCUCCCUUCCUCUCAUCCUCCUUUCCUCUCGUCCUCCCUUCCUCUCAUCCUCCCUUCCUCACAUCCUCCCUUCCUCACAUCCUCCCUUCCUCUCAUCCUCCCUUCCUCUCAACCUCUCUUUCUCUCAUCCUCUCUCCCAUUCAUCCGCCCUUCCUCUUAUCCUCCCUCCCUCUCAUCCGCCGUUCCUCUCAUCCUCCCUUCCACUCGUCCUCCCUUCCUCUCAACCUCUCUUUCUCUCAUCCUCGCUUCCUCUCCUCCUCCCUUCAUCUCAUCAUCCCAUCCUCUCAUCCUCCUUUUCUCUUAUCCUCCUUUCCUCUCGUCCUCCCUUCCUCUCUUCCUCUCUCCCUCUCAUCCUCCCUUCAUCUCAUCCACCCUUCCUCUCGUCCACCCUUCCUCUCGUCCUCCCUCCCCCUCAUCCGCCCUUCCUCUCAUCCUCCCUUCCUCUCAUCCUCCUUUCCUCUCGUCCUCCCUUCCUCUCGUCCUCCCUCCCUCUCAUCCUCCCUUCCUCACAUCCUCCCUUCCUCACAUCCUCCCUUCCUCUCAUCCUCCCUUCCUCUCAACCUCUCUUUCUCUCAUCCUCUCUCCCAUUCAUCCGCCCUUCCUCUCAUCCUCCCUUCCUCUCAUCCUCCCUUCAUCCCAUCCUCUCAUCCUCCAUUUCUCUUAUCCUCCUUUCCUCUUGUCCGCCCUUCCUUUCAUCCUCCUUUCCUCUCGUCCUCCCUUCCUCUAUUCCUCUCUCCCUCUCAUCCUCCCUUCCUCUCAUCCUCCCUUCCUCACUUCCACUCUCCCUCUCAUCCUCCCUUCCUCUCGUCCUCCCUUCCUCACAUACUCCCUUCCUCACAUCCGCCCUUCCUCUCAUCCUCCCUUCCUCACAUCCUCCCUUCCUCUCAUCCGCCCUUCCUCUCAUCCUUCCUUCCACUCAUCCACCCUUCCUCUCAUCCUCCCUUCCUCUCAUCCUCCCUUCCUCUCGUCCUCCAUCCCUCUCGUCCUCCCUCCCUCUCAUCCUCCCUUCCUCACAUCCUCCCUUCCUCACAUCCUCCCUUCCUCUCAUCCUCCCUUCCUCUCAACCUCUCUUUCUCUCAUCCUCUCUCCCAUUCAUCCGCCCUUCCUCUCAUCCUCCCUUCCUCUCAUCCUCCCUUCAUCUCAUCAUCCCAUCCUCUCAUCCUCCAUUUCUCUUAUCCUCCUUUCCUCUUGUCCGCCCUUCCUUUCAUCCUCCUUUCCUCUCGUCCUCCCUUCCUCUUUUCCUCUCUCCCUCUCGUCCUCCCUUCCUCUCAUCCUCCCUUCCUCACUUCCACUCUCCCUCUCAUCCUCAUUUCCUCUCAUCCACCCUUCCUCUCGUCCUCCCUCCCCCUCAUCCGCCCUUCCUCUCAUCCACCCUUCCUCUCAUCCUCCCUUCCUCUCAUCCUCCCUUCCUCUCAUCCUCCCUUCCUCUCGUCCUCCCUUCCUCUCUACCUCUCUCCCUCUCAUCCUCCCUUCCUCUCGUCCUCCCUUCCUCUCGUCCUCCCUCCCUCUCGUCAUCCCUUCAUCUCAUCAUCCCUCCCUCUCAUCCGCCGUUCCUCUCAUCCUCCGUUCCUCUCAUCCCCCCUCCCCCUCCACAACAUUUUCAUUCUCUGUUUGCCAUUUGA